AUGUCGACGCGCCCGCCCUCGCGCGUCGUCUUCGUCGGCAACAUCCCAUACGGACUGUCCGAGGAACAAAUCACCGACAUUUUCAGCGACGCCGGCAAGGUCGAGCGCUUCCGUCUUGUCUACGACCCCGAGACAGGCCGGCCUAAAGGCUUCGGCUUUGCCGAAUACCCAGACACAGACUCUGCCUCCUCGGCUGUCCGAAACCUCAACGACUACGAAAUUAUGGGCCGCAAGCUCCGUGUCGACUUCUCGCACGAGCAAAAGGCCGCCGACGACGACUACACACCUAGCGCCGUCACCACCGCGCCAAACGGGUCUUCGCACAUGGCCGCCCAACAACAGCUGCAACCACCCUCCUCCUCCCUGCCGCCGCUACCCCCCGGCAAGGACAUACCGCCGGGCCUGACGUGCACCGACGCCAUCUCCCGGACGCUUAACACGCUGCCGCCCGCACAGCUCCUCGACAUCCUCACGCAGAUGAAGACGCUCGCCACCAACGACCCGCAGCGCGCCACCGAGCUUCUACAGCAGGCGCCGCAGCUCGGCUACGCCGUCUUCCAGGCGCUACUCCUCAUGGGCCUCGUGUCCCCCGAGGCCAUCCAAUCCGUCAUCGAGCCGGGCGUGCCCGCGCCCGCGCCCGCAGUGCAGCAGCAGCAACCACCGACCAACUACGCCCCCGUGGGCUACCCGCAGGCCCAGCAGCCCGCGGCGAAUCCCCCGCCAGCCGCCGCCGCCGGUCAGGACACGGACAGCCUGAUGCGCGCGCUGAUGGACCUGCCUCAGUCGCAGAUCGACCAGCUGCCAGAGUCGGAGCGACAACAAGUCAUGGCGCUCCGAGCAGCUUUUGGCGGCCAAGCCCGGCGAUGA